UCCAAGAAGAAGGCCUCAACACGAGGAUCUGCAGCUUUCGAGGAGAGAGCAGGACCGGCCCUGGUAAUCAGUCGCCAGAUCGAUAAUCUUCAAUCUCACCACCGAAACAGUCUCUCCACACCUACUGCUACAACAGUACUCCAGAUUAUACAAGAUGAUAGGCACUCUCAUUCUGGCCUUUGUGCCCCUCCUACUCUUCUAUCUUUACAGAAAACUGCACUAUCACCGAUUCACCCAAUUCUCCCCCUACCCGCAGCCCCAGCCUUCGCUAAUCUGGGGCCACCUCAAAACCAUCCACGAGUUUACGUCCAAAGGUGAACCCGAACGACAUAUCGACGAAGUCCUCCUCGAGAUCAAAGCGCACCUGAACCACCCGCCUCUCUUUGUGCUCGACCUCCGGCCAAUCCAAUACCCACUCUGCGUCAUCGGCGAUCAUGAAGUGGCCGAGCAGAUCUCUCGCAGCUCGAAAGAGUUUCCCUACAGCAUGACAAAAUCGCCGACGAUCAAGGACCUGCACAGUCUUAUUGGAAUGGGGUCGAUCCUUGGCGCAAAUGGCGAAGAAUGGAAGACCCUCCGCAAGCGCUUCAACCCGGGCUUUGCGCCGCAGCACCUGAUGACCCUCCUCCCGCAAAUUGUGGCCAUGUCGCGCCGGUUCGUCGAGACUCUGGACCGCCACGCCAAGUCCGGGGAGGAAUUCCGGCUGGACGUACCCUGUAUCAAUCUCACCUUUGACAUUAUUGGCGCAAUAGUAAUGGACACCGACUUCCGCGCGCAAUGCGCUCCGCACCAGCAAAGCGAGAUCACCCAACUCUUCCGGGACCUGGUGCGCGGGUACCCGAUGCCCGGCGGCAUGAGCUGGGAUAGCAUCAACCCCUGGGCCAGAUUGAAGCGCCGGUGGGUUACGGUCCGAUUCGACAAGUACCUGCGCGCGCACAUCGAGCAGAAAUUCGCCGACCUGCGGACCACACCCACAGGUGGAGGUAAGUCCUCGCGAAGCAUCCUCGCCCUCAGCCUGCAGGACAUUGCCAGCCUUGAUGACAAGGUAAUCGCCCAGACGAGCGACCAGCUCAAAUCGUUCCUGUUCGCCGGAUAUGACACCACGAGCAUCGUCCUGCAGUGGACCUUCUAUGAGCUCAGCCGCACCCCGCGCGCGCUGCAGGCCGUCCGGGCGGAACUGGCCGCGCUGUUUGGGUCGGAUCCCGCCCCGACUGUGGUCUGGGAACGGUUGACUGCACCAGGGGGCGAACACCUCCUCAACCAGAUGCCGUACACUUCUGCGGUGAUCAAGGAGGUUCUCCGUGUGCAUCCCCCCUCCGGCAGCGCGCGCUUGAGCGCCCCAGACACGGGGUUUACGGUCCAGCUCCCCGGUGGUGAGGCACUGUGUCUCGAUGGAAUGGUCGUGUAUAACUGCGCGACGCUGAUCCACCGCGAUGAGGCUGUGUACGGCGCUACCAAGGACGUGUUCCGGCCUGAGCGGUGGUUGGAUUCAUCUGAUCACGAGAAGCAGGAGAUCCCCGCCAGCGCAUGGCGGCCGUUCGAGCGCGGGCCCCGGAAUUGCAUCGGGCAGGAGCUGGCGACUCUCGAGGUUCGGGUGAUUCUGGCGUGUACGGUGCGUCGGUAUGAUGUUACGAAGGUUGGCUUGGGGGAGGCUGUGAGGGAUGAGAAGGGGCAGCCCGUGAUGGGGGCGCAGGGGCAGUUUGCUGUCCGCAGCCAAUUGUUUAAUACUAUGCAGAUCACGGCAAAGCCGGUAGAUGGGACGAGGGUCCGAAUUGCGUUUGCUGCGGAGGGUGGUGCUGGUUCGUUUUAGAUGUGUGGAUUGUGUCUAUAUUACUGAACUAUUAGAGAGAUUUGUUCUUGGCUGGGUGACCAAGAUGGGACUUGGAGGACAUAUAGGUAUCAGUAGGAACAUUGCACAAGCGGUUAUUGUAUCCACU